AUGUUUCCAUUGGGCGAAAAGGCGGGCAUGCAAGGCAUAGAUAAGGAGAAAAUCGCGAAGAUCAUCGAAGAGAACACCGGCGAGAAGUACAAUGCCUUUUCCAAGAAGAAGCAAGACAGAAUGGAUAAGCGGAAUGCCGAGAUCAAGGCCACAAUUGCCAAGCUCAAAGAAGGCGAUUUGGAGCGCAUUCGGAAAGAGGUUGAUGAGCGUACAUCAGUGCUGGAAGCAUCACGGGAGUUGUCGCGACACUGCGUUCACAUCGAUAUGGAUGCGUUCUUUGCGGCCGUUGAGAUGAGGGAUGAGCCCCGGUUGCGCACGAUACCAAUGGCUGUUGGCAGUUUUCAUAUGCUGAUAUUCGCUGCCGAAAUU